AACCUGUAAGUAAAUUAUGUUUUUGUUCAAUAGUGCAUUGAAUUGAAUCCAAAAAAGGGGCCAAUUGUGGAAGAAGUUGGCAAUGGCCACCCUCUCUGACUUCUCUUGUCUUCUUUCUAGAAGAUUAUGAAGACGACAUUUCUAUAACACGCACAGAAAAAACCCUGCUUUUUAACACGCACCGAUCCGGCUACCUGGCCUCUAAUAUAAAGUAAAGCAUUGAAAUGGAGAAUUCAGAUGACUUUGUUGAUAAAGUUGAUGUCAAUGGAGGAGAGACAAGAAAUGAUUACACUGCUUCAUCUAGUUGUUCUUCUUCAUCUCGGUAUCGAUUGUUUGGUCGCCAAGCUCCUUUUCAACAGUUUAUGGGUGGUGGCAAAGCUGCUGAUGUGCUUCUGUGGAAGCGGUGGCAUGUAUCAUUCAGUAUCAUUAUUAUUGCAACAGUUGCCUGGUUUAUAUUCGAGCGGUCUGGAUUGCCAUUCUUAACAAUUUGUUCGGAUGUGUUGCUGGUUGUGACUGUAUUAUUAUUCAUCCAUGCUAACUUUGCUGCUAUCAGAAACAACAGACAACCACAAUCUUUGCCGGAGCUAGUUUUAUCAGAGGAGAUGGUUAAUAAUGCCGCAGCAUCUUUUCGUGUUAAAAUCAAUAAUGUACUUCUUAUGGCUCAUGACAUCACUAUUGGAAAAGAUUUUAAACUCUUUUUUAAGGUGGUGGUCUGUCUAUGGCUCUUGUCUGCUACUGGCAGCUACUUCUCUUUCUUCACUCUGGCCUAUGUAGGAACUAUCUUAUCCAUCACAAUUCCGGCCUUGUAUAGCAAAUAUGAAGAGCACGUGGAUAGAUAUUGCGGGAUGAUACAUAGAAAAUUAUCGCAGCAUUAUAAGAUAGUGGACGAGAGUGUUAUUAAUAGAAUUCCUCAGAGUUUAUCCAAGGAAAAAGAUGCAUAAUCGCACAACAUAUACAGGUUAAGGUUGAAUCUGCUUUUCUGUUCAGAAUUCCUAAAGGCGGCCCCGGACUGAAUUUUAAGUUGUUUGACAUCAUCUCUCUUUGGAUUGAUCCUGACUGGAAAUGCACUGAACAUGAGUAGUUGCAUAAGCUUCUACAAAAAUGUGAGAAUUUUGAAGUUUAUUGGGUAUCAUCCUGUGUUCAUUCAUAAGUUCUUUCUGUUCUAGAUUUAGUGCUAGGUUGUGUAAUUUAAUCUCUGGCACAAUUUCCGCGGGAGAGUUGAAGAAUAUGAUUAUGAUUGAUUGUGCAUUGGUGAUAGGAUGGAUUGUACAGUGAUCUUCUUAUAUUAAAGGAAGGGGAGGUAGUGGCCUGUAAAGAAUAGUUGCUAAAUACAAACAUUCAUGGCCAUGCUUAUUUACUGAUUGAUGAGAAUAUGCACGUUAUCAGCUAGUCAGACCAGAGGUCUCAAAUGUAAUUCUUUGUUUGCA